CGCGCGUACGCGUAGUCGCGCAGUGGGACCGCUCGUGGCGGCGCGGCGGAGAUAAAAGGGCACUCCCCAAGAAGGUCUCGCCCCCCUCGCAAAGAUCGGAGCCGCCGCCGAGUCUGGUAAGGAAGGAAACCUGCCCUCCGCCUCCCGUGCCGAAGGGAAAUAGUUUGAGGUGGUGAUGGCGGAUCAGGCUAACCAACCAACCGUCCUUCAUAAGCUUGGUGGCCAGUUCCACCUUGGCUCCAGCUUCUCUGAAGGUUUACGGGCCCGUAACAUGUGCCCUUCUGUCUCAUAUUAUGAAAGGCGAUUUACUACAAGGAACUACAUGACCCAGAGCCUUUGGGGCCCUUCUAUGUCCGUCAGUGGUGGCAUCAAUGUCCCAAUGGUGUCAUCCUCCCCGCUAUUUGCUAAUGCACCAGCUGAGAAAGGUGGCAAAAACUUCAUGGUUGAUUUCCUCAUGGGAGGAGUGUCUGCUGCUGUUUCGAAGACUGCUGCUGCUCCCAUUGAGCGUGUGAAGCUGCUUAUUCAGAACCAGGACGAAAUGAUCAAGGCUGGUAGGCUGUCAGAACCAUACAAGGGUAUUGGUGACUGCUUUAAGCGCACCAUCAAGGAUGAGGGUUUUGGCUCCUUGUGGAGGGGUAACACUGCUAAUGUUAUUCGCUACUUCCCUACUCAGGCUUUGAACUUUGCUUUCAAGGACUACUUCAAGAGGCUGUUCAACUUUAAGAAGGACAGGGAUGGUUACUGGAAGUGGUUUGGUGGCAACCUUGCCUCUGGUGGUGCUGCUGGUGCUUCCUCUCUGUUUUUUGUGUACUCCCUGGACUAUGCAAGGACGAGGUUGGCCAAUGAUGCGAAAGCAGCUAAGGGAGGAGGUGAAAGGCAAUUCAAUGGUCUUGUGGAUGUCUACCGCAAGACUCUCAAGUCAGAUGGUAUUGCUGGGCUUUACCGUGGAUUUAACAUCUCUUGUGUUGGAAUCAUUGUGUACCGUGGCCUGUAUUUUGGGUUGUACGACUCUAUUAAGCCAGUUGUCCUCACUGGCAACCUCCAGGAUAAUUUCUUUGCCAGUUUCGCUCUGGGUUGGCUGAUCACCAAUGGUGCUGGUCUUGCAUCUUACCCCAUUGACACUGUCCGCAGAAGGAUGAUGAUGACCUCCGGAGAGGCCGUCAAGUACAAGAGCUCGUUGGAUGCAUUCCAACAGAUCCUGAAGAAGGAGGGUCCCAAGUCCCUGUUCAAGGGUGCUGGUGCCAACAUCCUCCGUGCCAUUGCUGGCGCUGGUGUGCUUUCCGGUUACGACCAGCUCCAGAUCCUCUUCUUUGGAAAGAAGUACGGCUCAGGCGGUGCAUAAACUCUGAAAAAAUGAUGACGAACAAGAGCAGUUUGUUCCCGUUCCUGCCCAUACAGGAUCUGGUUAAGUUUUUGCCUUUAAUAUCGGAAAAAAGUAAUAAUUCAUGUAGAGGGGUAUUCUCCCAACAUUCGUUUUCGGUGGAGGCUUCGAUCACCAAACACUAUCGUAACUAUUGUAGAUGGAGGCAUCAGUCUCCAAACUUAAUCUUCAUAGGUUGAGUUGAGUCUGCCCCUUCGAUCUGUUGGGCAAUUUUCCUUACAUACAUUCUUCGGUGAAGUAUCGAAUGAGUAAGUUAAUUUUUAAUCUUUUGUUACAGUUUGCAAUGUUUUUUUUUGUCUUAGGCGAUUUGGGUUAUAGCUUAUGUUACCUGGCCUGCGUUUUAUAUGACUAAUAUGAAUAGUAUAUUUGUUUA